GCAAACAACGGCCAGCCACAUGGACAUUCUCCCGCAAGGAACUCUGGGAUACGAUGUUCUUUUUCUUCGCUGAAGGAGUGGUGUUUCGUCGACAGAACUACAUUUCCCUUGCACGCUCUGCAGAACAGCUGACAAAACAGAAGCGCAAAGCCAGUGUGUGCAUUCUUUGUGCCAGAACACGCAGAGAGAGAUUGUGAAACGGACGAUAACAAAGAAAACUUCACAGUGACAGCACAAGUGCUCACGCUUAUGGAUCUUUUUUUUUUUUUAAGAAUCAAGUGAAUUUGUUCGCAUUUACUUCUAAGGAUCUUUAACCCUAGCUAUUGUUUUUGAUGUAUUUCAGCAAGUUGGUCUCCUGGGGAUAAGGUGUUGAUGGUUGCUGGUCAUUUUCCUGCAGUUGUUGAUAGUGAUUGUUCAUUGGUGAAGGGCCAGAUACAAUCAUGGUGCUCAUUCUGGGUCGCCGUCUGAAUCAUGAGGACUCCAGUUGCGUGCCAGAAUCACCGGCAAUCAAGCGUAAAGUCUUUGAGGUGGAGUCUAAGACCCUGAGCGAGGUGUACAACUUCACUUCCGGUUCUUCUCACUCUGAGAGUGUCCUUCAGGUCUUCAAUGAGUUCCGCAACAGCCGCCUCUUCACGGACGUGAUCAUAAGCGUCCAGGGUCGCGAGUUCCCAUGUCAUCGCGCCGUGCUGUCGGCCUGCAGCAGUUACUUCCGUGCCAUGUUCUGCAACGACCACAGAGAGAGCCAUGAGAUGCUUGUGGAGAUCAACGGCAUCCAGGCAGAUGCUAUGGACAUGUUCCUGCAGUAUGUUUACACCGGUCGUGCCUGCAUCACCACACACAACGUCCAGUUCCUCUUUGAGACCUCCAGCCUCUUCCAGAUCACCACUCUGCGGGAUGUGUGCGCAAAAUUCCUGGAAGAGCAGCUGGACCCCUGCAACUGCCUCGGGAUCCAGCGUUUCGCAGAUGCCCACUCUCUCAAACAGCUGGCCAGUCGCUGCCGUGCUUUCGCCUUGUUGAAUUUUCCAGAGGUGGCUCAGCAUGAGGAGUUUCUAGACCUCCACAAGGAUGAGUUGGAGGAAUACUUGGCCAGCGAUGAGCUGUGCAUUGGCAGGGAGGAGGUGGUGUUUGAGGCAGUGAUGCGUUGGGUCUACCAUGGCGUGGAGUACCGCAGACCCAUGCUGAAAGAUCUGCUACAGCAUGUCCGACUGCCUCUCCUUCACCCAAACUAUUUCGUACAGACGGUGGAAGGCGAUAAACUGAUCCAGAAUGCUCCAGAAUGUUACCAGUUGCUGCAUGAAGCACGUCGCUAUCACAUACUUGGCAAUGAGAUGAUGUCGCCACGAGCCAGACCCCGAAGGUCUACUGGAUUCUCUGAGGUCAUUGUGGUGGUGGGAGGCUGUGAGCGAAUGGGGAGUUUCAAUCUGCCAUACACAGAAUGUUACGACCCCGUGACUGGAGAGUGGACGUCUCUUGCUAAACACCCUGAGUACACUAAGUCUGAGUAUGCAGUGUGCGCUCUCCGCAACGACAUCAUUGUGUCAGGUGGACGCAUCAACAGCAGUUACGUCUGGAUGUAUAACUCUCAGCUCAACAUCUGGAUCAGAGUGGCUUCUCUUAAUAAGGGUCGCUGGAGACAUAAGAUGACUGUUCUCCUGGGGAAGGUGUAUGCAGUUGGAGGAUAUGAUGGGCAGUCUUGUCUCAGUAAUGUGGAGGUGUAUGACUCCUUCUCCAACCGCUGGACUGAGGUGGCCCCCAUGAAUGAAGCCGUCUCCUGCCCGGCAGUCACAAGCUGUGCGGGAAAACUUUUUGUCAUUGGAGGAGAACCUUAUGAAAACAGCUGCUCCAAUAAAGUCCAGUGUUAUGACCCAGAGUCAGACAGCUGGCAGCUGAAGGCAUGUAUUCCUUUCACCAAACCCAAUAUUUCUGCCGUUUCUCUCAAUCACCUCAUCUACGUUUAUGGUGGCCUCACCAAGUCCAUCUACUGCUACGAUCCUUCACAGGAUCACUGGAUGCAUGUGGGCCACACCUUCAGCAGACAGGAGAGUUGUGGUAUGUCAGUUUGCAAUGGUAAGAUCUACAUCCUGGGUGGACGGGGAGAAAAUGGCGAAGCCUCUGACAACAUUGUGUGCUACAACCCGGCCUCUGGCAUCAUCACAUGCACGGCUGCUAUGCCUCGUCCCAUUUCCUACCAUGGCUGUGUUACCAUACACCGUUUCAGCGAAAAACAACACAAACCCUGAAAGCAUUUGCAAAUGCACAUGCAAACUGUCCCAAACAUGGAGCUGUAGACUCUUACAUGCAUAUUAAAAAUACAGUAAAAUCAUCUAAACAACUUUGCAACAUUUAUAUUGAUUGAUAAAUUAUAUUUUUCUGUCACUUAUACAGUUAAUAUAUCUACUUGCACUGUAGGUGUAGCACAAUGUUUAACUGCUGCAGUUGAUUUCAUCAUCAAAGCUGUUAUUAUCUGUGAGGCGGCAGUUCCCUGUCAUCGGCCAUUUUUUUGGAACAAGGAAGUAUGCAAAUUGUAACCUUCCUCAUAACUGAAAUGCAUUUAGAGAAUGUGUCUAAUCUGAUGGAGUAAUCACAUAGAUGCUGUGAUGGUGCCAACAGUCUUGUAUUGAUAAUAAAAGACUACUCUUUUGCAUUCUUUUCUAAGAUUUUUAUACCCCUCACACAUUUUUAUUUUAAAAUGUGCAUUUGUUUAUGCAUUUAACUUUUUUUUUUAUUUCUGUUAUUUUGUUUGUUUGAUAGCAUUACUCUUGCAUUUUGACAAUGAUUGUCAAGUCUGCAGACAGGAAUAUUUUUAAGGCUCAGUCUUGAGGUGAUUUUAAUGUGCUAUUUACUCUUUUUACAUCAUAUUAUGCUUCUGAGCUUGUAAAGUAAAAGAAAGCACUUAAUUCUCCAUUAGACAUGCUGUAUGAGGUAUUCAUAACAAGGUUUUAGCUUUCUAAGCAUUUAAAAACCUAAACUACACACCUCAGUGAUUGACAGCUCUGAUUUUGAUCAAUGAAUUGUUAUGUCAGGUUCUUGAUGAACCGUACAGCUGUGAAACUAUUUUUUUCUCCUGUGUAUCAUCUCUGUAUUUAGGUGUCUCCUUAUCUUUAGUGUGACAACCAAGACGUGCCUUUCUGAUCUUUUUUUUUUUUUUUAUCAGAGCCCCAAUCAUGCACUUGUAUGUACUACUUUUAGUAAUAUAUCUCAAUGUAAAUACAUUCUACUCUUUUAAUGUUAUCUGUGUUAUUUUAUGUUGUGCUUGUUAAACAAUCUCAUAGCUGUAGAUAGCUUCUGAUUUUUUUGAGUUGGACUGCUGGAAACUCUUGUGUUUGUGUGUAUGGUUGUGCGUAGUCAAAUUACACUAACCUGAAACAGUUUUCAUGUUUAGCAGUAAGAUAACUGCAGUCUCUGCUCUAGUACUAAUCUGUACUGGAAAUAGAUAUUGUCUGUCAAAAUCAUUUUCUGCAAUUUAUCUGAACGUGUAAGGCAGGAUGCUGGCAGCUAGUUUACCCAAAGCACUGCGUCUCCUGCAUUUUUGCCUGCAAUGACAAAGAUAUAAGUGUGUUUGUAUAUACUUUAAACAUAAUGUUGAUUUGCCCUUCGAUCAUUUUGAUUAUUAACAGCUGUUCUGGUCUGAAUUUUUUGUAAAUGUUAUUUUGCCAACAUACUGUAUGUUCCAUUAUACUAUGUAUUUUUUAUUUUUAUUUUUUUUUGACAGUUUCUCAAACCCAGCUUUAUAUUGUGUUUGUCUGGGUUAAAUGUGGUGUUUGGUAGGAUUGUAUAGAUACUGAUGGUCCAAGCACUGAGUUGGCUUUCAGCUCAUUCAUAAAUACAACCUGGUAUUUUUGUUGCAAUAGAAACUCCUAAAAAUGCAGUUUCGAACCAUUUCAUUUCAGUGGAAUGAAACUGUAGCUGUUAAUUGAGCCAGAGUUCAAUGCAUAAUAAAUACUGGACAUUUUUCAAAUAUAGCAAAAAUAAUAAACCUUACUUUGUAAAUCUGCAAAGGUGCCUCAAUAAAAAAAGUUAAUUUGCAAUGA